UAGCUUGAUCUGGUGUUGUUCUCAGGUGUUGUCGGAUGAGAGGAGGGGUGCGGAGCUGGAUUACUGUAAGAUGUUCGGAGCGGCGUGGCUAAAGGCCGGAGGUCACAGUGACCCGGAGAAGAACCAGCCCAACACAGACUUCAUGAGCGAACACCCACGAUUCCUCGCGCUCCUCCAGAAGUACGGCGCUCCAGACGAGGGCGAGCUGAGAGAACAGAAGCCAUUUGCUCUAAAAAAUCAGUUAUUAACCGUAACGUUCGUCUGUCCGGAGGAUUCGGAGAGGAAGCCCAUAGAGAAGAAGCUGCCAGGCUCGAUGAUCGUUCAGAAGGUGAAGGGGCUUUUACAUCGGCUGCUUAAAUUACCAGGAAUGGAGUUAAAGCUCAGCUACACCUGCUCGAAG